GCAGCAAGCGAGCCGCCGUACACCGCUCCUUCAGCACCUGUCAAACAACAGGUUCAUUCGUCAGCUAGCGCUAUGUUAUCACGAUCCCGAUGUGUAUACCAGGGGCUCGGUCGUUCCCUGUCAGCGGUGAGCCAGGUCAAUAAUGUGCUGGUCCGACAAAGUGUAUCAGGCUUCUCCGUCUCCAGCCGCCUAGUUUACAGGAAUUCUCAGCCAUGUGAAGUUCCAUCAUCAGUAAAUGUCUUCCACACAAGAUACUUUAAGACCUCUGCUGUUCACAGAGAUGAAGUCAUCACAGUCAAAACUCCUGCAUUUGCAGAAUCUGUUACAGAGGGAGAUGUGAGGUGGGAGAAAGCUGUGGGCGACUCAGUGACAGAAGAUGAGGUGGUCUGUGAAAUUGAGACUGACAAGACCUCGGUACAAGUCCCCUCUCCAGCAGCUGGUGUAAUCGAAGAACUGCUGGUGCCCGAUGGAGGGAAGGUAGAAGGAGGAACGCCCCUCUUCAAACUCCGGAAAGGAGCUGCUGCUGCUGCUAAAGCUGAUCCCUCUCCAGCUGCAGAGGCUCCACCUGCAGCCGCUCCUCCUCCACCACCUCCACCUCCUCCAGCUUCAACCCCCACAGCUAUGCCUACAGUGCCUCCAGUGCCCCCACCGACUGCCCCAGCCAAACCUGUUUCUGCUGUCAAAGCCACUGCUGCAGCUCCAGCACCAGCUCCUCCAGCAGCAGGAGGCAGAGGAGAAAACAGGGUGAAGAUGAACCGUAUGAGACUGAGGAUCGCCCAGAGGCUGAAGGAGGCUCAGAACACCUGUGCCAUGCUGACCACCUUCAAUGAGGUGGACAUGAGCAACAUUCAGGAGAUGAGGAAAAUCCAUAAAGAUGCUUUCUUGAAAAAGCACAACAUCAAACUGGGUUUCAUGUCGGCGUUUGUGAAGGCAGCAGCACACGCUCUGACUGACCAACCCGCUGUCAAUGCUGUCAUUGAUGAUUCAACCAAAGAGAUCGUCUACAGGGAUUAUGUGGACAUUAGUGUUGCUGUGGCAACUCCAAAGGGGCUUGUUGUACCAGUGAUCCGUAAUGUUGAGACCAUGAACUUUUCUGACAUUGAGAAAGCCAUUAAUGCUCUGGGAGAGAAGGCUCGUAAAAACGAGCUUGCUGUUGAAGAUAUGGAUGGAGGCACUUUCACCAUCAGCAAUGGUGGUGUAUUUGGCUCCCUGUUUGGUACACCCAUCAUCAACCCUCCGCAGUCUGCCAUCCUGGGCAUGCACGGUAUCUUCGACCGACCUGUGGCCAUUAAUGGCAAGGUUGAGAUCCGGCCCAUGAUGUACGUGGCACUGACAUACGACCACCGACUCAUUGACGGCAGAGAAGCUGUCACUUUCUUACGCAAGAUCAAAGCCGUGGUUGAAGAUCCUCGAGUGCUGCUUCUGGACAUGUGAUGUUUCUGCCACCACAUUACUCUUAUUUUAUUACUCAGCUGCAUAAAAUGAACUCCACAUCACAAAACACGCACAAGACGCACAAAAGUCGCCUACACAACUAUUGUUGUCUUUUAAAUUGUUCAGACGCGGUCUGUCUUUGCUAAAUCAACAAAGCAAAAAGAUUACAAACCAUCUUCAGUUUGUAAUUGUUUUGCUACAUUUGACUUUAGCAAAGAGACAAGUUUGUCUUAGGACAAAAACUGGCAUGAAAAGGCUGAAAAUGUUGAAGAUAACUCACAUAAGGGUUUUUUAUCAUACCCAUGUGCUCUUCAGAUGGGCAUAUGAGGAAGUAGAUAAACACUCGCUGCAUCCUUUUUCACAGUAAUCAUGAAAUACAGAUGACUUUUCCAGGCAGCAGUUGGCUGCAAGACUUUCUCCCCUGCUCGGGAGUUGGAGCUCCAGAGCCACUUUUUCCACGGCGAGGCCAAGCAGAGCUCACUCAGAUUAGUUCAAGAUGUUUUAAUGUCAACACAGGACUGAAAGAUUUCCUAGUCAUUGUUACUAGCUAGUCAGGGACAGGAAAUCAGGUUUUUGGACUGUGCGCAUGUAUUUCAGUGCCAUGCCUUUGAAUCCACGUCGACUGUUUGAUGGGUGUGCGUUUGGAGGUGACCGGGUUCAGUUGUAUUCCUGCUUCGAACAGUCAUUUCAUGUUCUGUAUCGUUUUGAUUCUUGUUUUAAAUCUUUCUCACUGUUGUCAGGCCGUCAAAAUCCAAAACUGUUGAUCAAAUUGUUAUGAGCUUUUAGUUAAACAGACACAAAUGAAUUCACUGCUCAUUAGAAGAAAAUGUACAAAACAGAAACCAUAUAUAUCUAUAUCUAUAUCUAUAUAUAUAUAUAUAUAUAGAUAUAGAUAUAGAUAUAGAUAUAUAUAGAUAUAGUUAUCUAAUGGGCAGUAUGUUGGGAGAAAUGUUCAAAACACACUAUUUGGCAGCAGAUUUUCAUGUUAAGCUCCAAUGUCCGAAUUUUCAUUGUUAUCCUAUAUAUGAAAUACUUGUAUCUAUUUAAAGAAAUAAUUCUAACCAUAAAACAUCUCAAGAGUUUUAUGUA